AUGAACGUCAACGAAGAUUUCAAUUACGCCUUUGCGCUGAGUCGUCAAUGUUUACGGAUAUUGGGCGUAUGGCCCGACCCUUUUACGCCUAUAAGUGAUUUCCAUCGGCCAAGCAUAAGAUUCAUAAUUGUUACGUGUAUCCUGUGUCUUUACGUGAUCGUGCCGCAAUUGACGAAUAUGAUUCUUGCCUGGGGUAAUGUGGCUCGGAUGGUGGAAUACGUUGCCUCCGCGAACUUCAGCUUGAUGGCACUAUGCAAAUUAGUCGGUACUUGGUAUCACGGUGAAACGCUUCGAACGUUGAUGACAUCGGUCAUGACCGAUUGGAUGACUUCGAAGAACGAUCGGGAACGAAAUACAAUGUUAAAUAUCGCGAGACAUGGCAGAACCUUAUCUCUUAGAUGCUACGUGGCCUCCUCGUGUACAGUCACGUUUGGCCUUUCUCUCAAUCUGCUGAAGUUCUAUCGAAAUAUGCACCAACCUCAACGGACUCUCGUGUAUCGGUUUACCUAUCCUUACAACAUUCAAAAGAGUCCAAACUACGAAAUUACGUUUUUCACUCAACUGUUCGGCGGUAUGUACUCGGCCCUCAUCAACUGUACUGUCGACAGUUUCGUCUCUUUACUCGUGCUGCACAUAAGCGCACAGCUAAUAAAUCUACGAACGGCACUCAACGAUCUGGUCGACAAACUAGCUAAAGGAUUUAUAUCCUCCUCGAAAUUUAAGGAAGGUUUAGCUGCGAUCACUAUCCGUCACGAACAUCUCAUCAGGAACGCAAAGACAGUUGACGACUGCUAUAGCGCUGUGUUAUUUGUACACAUGUUUGCCGCUACUUUUCAACUGUGUUUUGAAAGCUUUCAAGUUUUCAUG